CGUUUGUUUCCUUGGCUUCGGUGAGCCAAGAUGGCGGCAGCAGGUCUGGAGCGGGUCCGCGUUUCGGCGGCGGAGCUCCGGCGGGGAAUCCUGGCCACGGCGGAGGCGGAGGCGGAGGCGACGCACGGGAGGGGCGGCCCAGAGACCAUGAAGGAACCCCGGCAUCGUAAGGACAACCGGCGUCCGGAUCUUGAGAUCUACAAGCCGGGCCUCUCCCGCCUGAGGAACAAGCCGGGCCCGGCGAAGCAGGAGCUUCCACGGAAGGAGGACGCCAAGGAGGAGAACCCUGGCCCCAGGGAGCCCCCGGCAGCUGCCUGCAAGGAGGGCACCCCGCCCUCCCAGCCACCUCCCGAAGACAGGGGCCAGCCGCCCAACGGCUUCCUGGAAGGCUCCCCCCAGGGCCGCGGGGGCACCCCCGAGGACUGGUGCCCUCGCAUCAUCAGGCGAGCCAAGAAGCCCGACCAGCAGAUCUACCAGCCUGGCAAACGCUUGCAGGCCUCACCCCGAGAAGCGGGGGCUGCCUCCCUGGUAGACGAGGAGCUCCCCCUGAAGGAGGAGAGGGGAGCAGACUCCGAGAAGGACUCUGGGAGGGCUGGGAACGGCCCCCGGAAGCCAGGGGACCAGGAAGGAGAGCCGAGCCAGGAAGGGGCCAAGCCGCUCCGGGGGGAGAAGGGCAGGCGGUCCGAGCGGCCCCGGAAGGCCCGAGACGAGCCGGGCCAUGGCAAGGGCAGCCCCCCCAAGCGCUACUCACGCUCGGACAAGCGUCGUAGUCGCUACCGCACCUGCAGCACCAGCUCGGCGGGUAGCAACAACAGCACCGAGGGGGCCCGUGGGGAGGUGGAGCUGGGGAGGAAGCCUCCGGAAAGGCCCCGCCCACAGAAGCAGCUCUCUGCCUCCUCCACCGACUCCCUGGAAGAGGACAGGGCUGAGGAAGCCCCGGAGGCCAGGAGGGGCUCCGAGCACAGCAGGCUCGGUCGGGGCCAGGACCCCAGAGCAGCCCAGGGGGGCGGCAGGGGCUCCGCAGAGAGAGGAUCCACGGCCUCCCAGCCCGAAUGGCGAAAGGGCGGCAGGCCCUCCGGGGCCACCCCCAGGGACCCCGCAGAAGCCGGGGAGGGGAAGUCCCAGAACCGGGGCCGAGGCAUCCUGGUGCUGCCGGCCAACACGGACCUGACCCCCAGCGGCACAGGGUCCCCCGAAGCUCCGCACGGAGGGGGCGCCCGGCUCCUUUUUGGCAGCAGCAAAGGCCCUCGUGGCUGGAGCCGGGGGGGCACAUCCCGUCGGCUCUGGGACCCCAACAACCCAGACCAGAAGCCGGCGCUGAAGAACCCGGGGACCCAGCUGCACUUCCUGGACACGGACGACGAGGGGCCCCCCGUGCCUCGAGGGGAGCCUCGCCAGGCCCAGGCCCCCUACUAUCGGUUCCAGAACUCGGACAACCCCUAUUACUACGGAGGGGCCCCCUACCCUUACACUGGGUACCCUCUGCCCUACCCAGUGGGCACCGGCAACGAGGUCUACCCUGCAGCCUAUUACCCCGCCGGCUACCCCAAGCAGGCCGAGCCUUGUGGGGGUGGGGGGGCUGGCAGCGCCCUCCCGGCCGACCCCCUGAGUGGCGAGACGGAGCAGCAGAAGGGCCACCUGCAGGGGCAGCAGCAGCAGCAGCAGCAAGAGCUGGGCAAGGCCCUGCGGGAGGCUGGGCACCUUGAGCAGCAGCUGAGCAACCUCCUGUCCCGGGACAGGCUCAGUCCGGAGGGCCUGGAGAAGAUGGGCAUUCUCAGGGCGGAGAUGCUGCAGCUGUACGAGCGCUGCCUGCUGAUGGACAUUGAGGCGGCCGACGCGCAGAACGUGGACCAGCUGCUCUGGAAGAACGCCUUCUACCAGGUGAUCGAGAAGUUCCGGCAGCUGCUCAAGGAGCCCGCCGUGGGGGAGAGCGGCCACGAGGUGCGCACCAGGCUGCUCCAGGUCUUGGACGAGGGCACCGUCUUCUUCGACAGCCUCCUUCAGAAGCUGCAGGUCACCUACCAGUUCAAGCUGGAGGACUACAUGGAUGGCCUGGCCGUCCGCAGCAAGCCCCUGCGGAAGAUGGUGAAAUACGCCCUCAUAAGUGCUCAGAGGGGCCUGAUUUGCCAGGGUGACAUCUGCAGGUACCGCGAACAAGGCAGCGACACGGCCAACUACGGGAAGGCCCGGAGCUGGUAUCUGAAGGCCCAGCACAUCGCCCCCAAGAACGGACGGCCCUACAACCAGCUGGCUCUCCUGGCCGUCUACACGAGGAGGAAGCUGGACGCCGUGUAUUAUUACAUGCGCAGCCUGGCUGCCAGCAACCCCAUCCUGACGGCCAAGGAGAGCCUGACCAGCCUCUUUGAGGAGACCAAGCGCAAGGCAGAGCAGCUGGAGCAGAAGAGCCCCAGUGAGCGUGGCCAGCGGAGCAAGAAGGUGGCUUUCCGGCCCUCCGGGGACGAUGCCACCCGCCUCGAGCUCUGGAUCCACCCCUCCCACCCACGCUCCGGCCAGGGCCACGAGUCCAGCCGGGACCCCGAGCAGGACGGAGGCCUGGGCAGCCUCAGCCCCAGUGAGCUGAACAAAAGGUUCGUCCUCCGUUUUCUCCAGGCUCAUGGGAAGCUGUUUACCAGGAUUGGGAUGGAGACCUUCCCGGCUGUGGCAGCAGAAGUCCUGACCGCCUUCCAGGCCCUGCUGGAGCACAGCCCGCCACCCAUUGGGAGCAGCCGCCUCUUGCAGCUCAUGGCCAUCAACAUGUUUGCCGUGCACAACUCGCAGCCCAAAGAGUGCCUGGCCGAAGACUGCCGCUCCGUGAUCCAGGAGCAGGCCUGUGCCCUGGGCCUCGCCAUGUUUGCCAUCCUGGUCAAGCGCUGCACCCGCCUGCUGCAAGACGUCUCCUUAGCGGCUCAAGCCCAGGGGGACCCCGAGGAGGAUGACAUCAAGGUCUCCGCUUUCCCGCCGGACCUGAAGGAGCUCCUUCCCAGCAUCAAGGUCUGGUCGGACUGGAUGCUCGGACACCCGGACACCUGGAACCCCCCGCCCAGCGCCCUGGAGCUGCCCCCACCGGCCUGGGUGGACGUGUGGGAGUCCCUGGCCGGCUUCUGCAACAUCCUGACCACGGUGAACCAGUCGGAGGUGCCCCUCUACAAGGACCCCGACGAGGAGGACCUGGCCCAGCUGGGCCUGGAGGAGGACCGGCUGCUCUCGGGCUUCGUCCCACUGCUGGUUGCCCCCCAAGAGCCCUGCUACGUGGAGAAGUCCUCGGACAAGGUCAUUGCGGCCGACUGCAAGCGGGUGACGGUGCUGAAGUAUUUCCUGGAAGCCCUCUGUGGCCAGGAGGAGCCCUUGCUGGCAUUCAAGGGUGGAAAAUACGUGUCCGUGGCCCCCGGCCCAGACGCCAUGGGAAAGGAAGCGGCCGCCAGCCAGCAGGGAAAACAACUGCAGGAGGAUCAGGAGGACGACAUCCAGAUGGAGGCCUUGCCGGACGACUCGGAGGAGGCCGAGGGCAGCGGUGGCGAGCUGGACAUCCGGGAGCUGCGGGCCAAGAAGCAGGCGCUGGCCAGGAAGGUGGCUGAGCAGCAGCGCCGGCAAGACAAGAUCCAGGCGGUGCUGAAGGACCAGGCCCAGGUGAGGCAGAUGGAACUGGAGAUCCGGCCUGUCUUCCUCGUCCCGGACACCAACGGCUUCAUCGACCACCUGGGCAGCCUCGCCAAGCUGCUGGAGUGCAGGCAGUUCAUCCUUGUGGUGCCCCUGAUUGUCAUCAACGAACUGGAUGGGCUGGCCAAGGGCCCCGAAUCAGAGCACCGGGUCGGGGGCUACAGUCGCCUGCUGCAAGAUCGGGCCCGCAAGGCCGUGGACUUCCUGGAGUCCUGCUUUGAGAGGCGCGACAGCUACAUCCGGGCUCUGACCAGCCGGGGCAAUGAGCUGGAGUCCAUCUCCUUCCGCAGCGAGGACAUUUCCCGCCAGCAGGGAAACAACGAUGACCUGAUUCUCUCCUGCUGCCUUCACUAUUGCAACGACAGGGCCAAGGACUUCAUGCCAGCCAAGAAAGACGACCCCAUCCGCCUGCUCCGGGAGGUGGUGCUGCUGACCGACGACCGGAACCUGCGGGUGAAGGCCUUGACCCGCAAUGUGCCCGUGCGGGACAUCCCCACUUUCCUGCGGUGGGCCCAGGAGGGCUGAGCGGACGCCUUCCCCGGGAAGCCGUGCAUCUCAUUGCCAACAUGGAGGGAGGCCUCAGGGCGUGCCCGUGCCCCUUGCCAGGGCUGUUGUGCUGCCACCACUGCCGCCACCACCAUCCUUCCAGGAGAAAACCCAGCACAAUAAACGCAGCGUCUUCAACUCCACCUGGAAUGGCCAUGCUGUGGGGGCACACACCCGCGUGGAGGAGGAGCCCCUGGGCAGGUGGCCCCUGUGGAGGGAGGCGAGAGCGAGCAGGGUUUCUGGCCUCUAGGGUGAGGCGGAGAGGCCGGCCGGAGGGGCCCCAGUGGGCCUCUAACCCCUCUGGAGAAGCCCCCGCAGCCCUAGCCAGUCUGGGUCCCUCUGGGCCAGGUGAGGAGCCCUCGGCUCAAGCUGCCACUUGGUCCCAUCAGGAGCCGGAGGGGGGGGGCACCUCCCAUUUCCAUCAGCAGCCCCCUCCCCAAGUGUCUGUCUCAGGUUUUUAGCCCCUCCCUCAUCCGUGCCGCCUUCCGGUCCUUCAUCCCUCUGUGCCAUGGACUGAAGCACCCUCCCCGUCCCUGCCCAGCACCCCUGCCCAGCCCAGCCAGCGCUUGCUCUGUGGGUAAGGCUUGGGAGAGAAGCCAAGAAUAACCCUUAAGCUUUUUGGGGGUUGGUGGGGGAGAAUGGCCAGGAAAGCCGCCCUGGAGGAGAGCAGAGGGGUCUGGGGUCCAGCUGGAGUGUUUGUGCACCUUGGGGCUCCGAAAGUGGUUGCAUGGGUCGGGAGAGCCCUUCCCCAUGGGAAGACUUUCCUGCCAUUUGGGGGGGGGAUAGAGUGCCCCCGUGGGGCCACGUGCCAGGACUGGUUUGCUGUGGGGCGGAGGAGCCCAACUGCCUUCCCUUUGGACGGGAUUUGCUCGCAGUGGGCUAGGAGUGCGUGCCCCUCCCCGGGCUUGGCAUGGCCCCUUUGCCGAGGAGAGAGAAGGGGUCUCUUCCACCCUGUGCAGCUUCUGCCUCUGCCUGACUGGCUUGGACGGAGGGCCUAUGCCCACUUUUGUUCCAUUGUUUUCUUAAUAAAGUUUUAGUAGAAAUCUUA